CCGGUUAGAGGAAUUUUGCAUGACAAAAUUCUUCUAACCGGGGUUUAAUCGGGACAGAAAGUACCGGCCCUUGGAAGUUGAAUUAGGUAAUAUAUUCCAAGAGAUACAUAUACUUCGUCUAAUUUACUUACCGUUGCACGUCAUCCGCGUCAUAGCCUGUGACGUCACAUGAUAUCAACACGAAAUAAUUAGACGGUAGGUGUGUUCUUUUUUUAGAAUCAUUUUGCCUAGUACACUGGAAUUACAGUCACUAGACAUAUUUUAUUAUAUACGCAUAGAAAUAAUAUUUGAAGAAUUCUAUUAAUGUUAACCUAAAGAAAUACACAACAAUAUGUUUCAUUUAAUUUGUAUAAAUGGAUUAUAAGGCGUUUUUAUGAAGCACAUUUGCUCGGAUCACACUGUAACUGUAAUCGAACGAAGGUGACAUUUUAGAAUAAAUUGGUAACAUUUAUUUGACAGUUGCGGUGAUGACACUUCAUACAGUAUUUCUCAUGAUCAUCUUUCAGUGCGUCACAGUUUUUCGAUUUCUUUCUAACGCAUUAAAUUGUAUGUGACAGAAAAAAAGGCACGUCGGUGAUUACAUUUCGUCGGUGACAUUUUUAUAACAUUUAUUCUAGUUAUUCUAGUUGUCGAUAGAUGGCGCCAUAAUAAACAAAUAAUUUUUUUUUAAUUAGAUAAUAAUAUUACAAAUAUAAUCUGUAUAAUUUAUAAGACUAUAAAAAUCAAAGAAAAUACCAUUUUAUAAAUGCAAGAAACACAUCUGAUUUGUUUUUAUUCCAAAUUGAAAAUAAAAUGUGACAACUGUCAGAUUUAACUAAAAUGUCAUGUUAGAAUAAAUGUCAUAAAUGUGUAUUAUCACGGACUUACCCUUUUUCCUACCAUUUGUUACGCACUGAAAAAUGAUCAUGAAAAGGACAAUAUUUGUUUAUAUUCUUUACUAUAACUAUUUGUUUUAUUAUAUUUACUGUUUUUAUUAUUUACUUUAACGUAAGGUUAUAACUUAAUUCUUGUUCUCUAUUUCUAAAGUUUUUAUUUAUUUACAUUUAAUAUUAAUUUGUUUUGUUGUAUAAUCCACGUUUACAAUAAUUAUGUGAUAUAUUUGAUUUAAAAUGGAUUCUGGAUUUUUUUAUACUUUGGCAACUGUGUCAACUUGGAUCUCUGGCGUAGAUAAUGACGUGCAACGGUAAGUAAAUUAGACGGACUGUAGAUAUUUUAUGUAGUGUAGGUUUAGUAUAGUUAUAGGCGACUGGUGUAUUGCAAUGAUACAUUGAAUUCGAAGUUUAUUGAUCGUCACCUGCAACUGUGGCAAAAAUUAUCAAAAGCGAUGUAGAAGCAGAUGUACACGUGACCCCUUCACCUUCACUCCUCGUUGCCAUCUCUCACAGAUGAUCUUCCUCAAGUAUAUACUGUGUCUACAAAUAACUCCAAUUUAUAUUAUUUUUAGACAAUUUUUGUACAGGUUCUUUUAUUUUUUUUUGUUAUUAAAUAAAGUAUUUUGUAGGAAACUAGCAAAAGACGAAAAACGAAACAUUAAACUAGAAAAACCAAUAAGAAAACGAAAAAAGAAAGUCUCUAAAGAAAACGACGCCGACUACGUAAUAAAAGAAGAAGACGAAGACGACGACGAAAAAGACAUUAAAGACAUUAAGGUUAAAAAGGAGCGAAAGAAACGGGAAAAGAAGCCGAAAAAGCCGUCUUUAAGGGAGAUACAAAGACUGUUACAAAAAGAUAGCAAUCCUUUCAUAGUAAACUUAGACGAACUUCCAACUCCAUUGGUCUGUCCUGUAUGUAAAGAGUCUUUCCAGACGAACCGAGAAUAUGCCUAUCAUUCCUCUGAACAUAACGACGACGGUCAAUACGUCUGUCAUUUCUGCGACUACAAGACAGAUGUAAAGAAGCAGAUAAAGGCUCAUAUGAUCCAACAUAGUGUAUUUAAAUGUAUGGUUUGCGAGAAGAUAUUUAAGAAAAGGCAUUCGGCUUACAAACAUGGGGAAAGACAUAUGGAUAAUAAUAAAGUACAAUGCGAGAUUUGCGGGAAAAGUUUGCAAAGCCAGUCUUUGAAGACGCACAUGAAGAUUGUCCAUACUGACGAAAUGUUGGACCAGAGGCAUUACUGUCCGAUAUGUAAUAAGGCUUAUAGAUACUCUUCCAGUGUGAGAAAACACAUCUCCGCCAACCAUCGAGAACUAGGCAUAGAUGUCUCCGUCGUCUGUGACAUCUGCGGCAAAAGAAUUUCCAGCAAGAGCAAGCUCACGAAACACCUCAGCAUCCACACAGGUGACAAACCGCACCCGUGCGCCGUAUGCCACAAACGGUUCAGGGCCAUCGACACCUUGCGGUCGCAUAUGGUGGUUCACACGGGCGAGAAACCGUACAAGUGCAUGUACUGCGGGAAAGCGUUCGGGCAGAACGCGCCUUACAGGUACCAUAUAAAGACUCACACGGGAGAAAGGAACUAUAGUUGUAGUAUAUGUGGUAAAGGGUUCAUUUCUAAAGCGAAUUGGAGGUUGCAUGUGAAAACGUGCGAUAUAAUGGCCACUGGCAAGAUGAAGUUUUAGCGAAUUGUACUGUGUUGAGUUAUUUAUGUGAAAUACUGGCUAUGAUAUACUAAGAAACAUCAUCAGGGUGUCCCAGACUAACUUAGCCACGCUAUAUCUCUUAAACGAAUAGAGAUUUUCGAAUGGGACAAAAAGUGAUAUAUUAUACUUGUAAUACAGUUUAAUAUGGCGUACAAAAAAAUCAUCUCCUAAAUAUUCAUCCCUUAGUUACAACCCCUAACUUUAAUUUUUUUAAUAGCACCCUGUAUAUUUUUUUAUAGUUUUGGAUGUGGUAUUUUAUCGUCUAUUCAACACAUUUUUUGAAAAUAAAAUCAGUUCGUAAAUGACCAAGAAACUAUCAGUUUAUUUUUGUUAAUUGUGUGUCCUACCUAAGACUAAUUUAUCCAGGCUAUAGAGAAUAGAGAUUUUCGAAUGGGACAAAAACUGAUCUAUUUUAUUUGUAUUUGUAAUAAUAUGGCGUAGAAAAAAUUCAUCCCUAACUUACAGGGUGCUAUUUAAAAAAAAUAAAGUUAGGGGUUGUAACUAAGGGAUGAAUAUUUAGGGGAUAAUUUUUUUUCUACGCCAUAUUAAAGUGUAUUACAAAUGUAAUAGAUCAGUUUUUGUCCCAUUCGAUAAUCUCUAUUCGUUUAAGAAAUAUAGCCUGGAUAAAUUAGUCUGGGACACCCUGUAUAAAGUAUUGGAAAUCUUUUUUCGGAACAUGGGCACUUUCAAUGCAAUAAGUUAGAUUCUUGAUUUGCAA